AAGUCCUUCUACAACCGCAGCACCCGGCUGUGGUGGGGUCACUGCCACCUGCGGAUCGGCAGCCGCUUACAGGUGCGGCUGAACAAGGGUGUGAAGUUUUCUCGCUUCGAGCACAUCGGCCGGUUUAUCGAGUUCGCCAGGAAUUCACGGUCCCUACGCGCCGCCACACUCAGCAAGUGUCUGCGAAGAAAUUUCUGGGGCACCAAUUUUUACUUCACGGGAGAACCCAAAACGAAAGAGAACCCCCAGCAGAUCUCAAAGUCGACCCAGAAUGAAGGAGCAUACAUCUACGCUGUCGAGCGAGGAAGAAUAACCCCGUCAGAAUGGGAAUUGAAGAAACUGGAAUCCGUUCUUGGGGUUCCCCUAAGAAGAGAAAAGCAGAAAACACUGCUGAGGAGAUUG